AUGGCAGGAAGACCUGGUGCCAUCGCCGACCCCAACUCCAAUGAUAACAGCCACGAUUACCCUGGUCUGCCAAUCCAGGACCCCAACCCCUCCGUCUGGUACAACACCACGGCUGAUCAAUCGAUCUCACCCCCGGGACCGUCCCACUUCAAUGGCCAAGCACCCAUGAUGCCCUACUUUGGGGAUGCUGGCAUGGGUUCCACGGGUGGUUCUUUGGUCACCACACUUCAACCUUGGCAUCAGCAAGGCCACAUGCCGUCGGAUUUGGGCGUCGACAUGAGGUCAACCGAUCCAGGCGGGAUGAGCUAUCCCCCUUCGAUGUCGCCUAGCGGUCCCAUCCAGACAUUCAGCGGUCACCUUCCUGGAGAUGUCUCUCCCACGAUAAGAGACAACUCCGCUAGCACCCAGGACGUACCACAGUGGUUUCGCCAGCCCGUUACUCGCCCAGUUAGCUCCGAGGGCGGCAACCAGCCCUUCCAGGACAAGCCUUGGUCCCCCUCUCCCCCCAGUCUUUCCCUUUCCCUGGAACCUUCCUCGCCUGACAGACUCCGGGGCAACAGCGGCCCGCAGCUUUCCUAUCUGCGAUGUGAAUGGACUGGCUGCACCUACCUGAAACCGUUCAACCGCAAAGGGGACCUUGUUCGUCACAUCACAACGCAGCAUAUUUCCCGCGGGCAAUUUGUCUGCGAGACAUGCAACAAGGCCUGCAACCGGUACGAUAAUCUGUGCGCACAUAGGCAGCGGCUUCACUGA